GGAAGUUGUCUUUACAUAUUAUUCCUGCUGUCUUGACACCAAUUGGGUUCUUCGAGUGAAAACUGUUGCGGUGCAAAAUCUAGCUAGAAGCCUAGCAGGAAAUCUAUCAGUCCAAAUAACGAGUUCGUGUCUCGGAGCCACAGGACCUUCGCUGUUGUCGUUAGGCUCCGAUCUGCUAAGAUGACAGAGCUAAGGCACCGUGGAGCCAGAGACACCGACCCAACGUUACAACAGCAAUCGUCAGAGGACAAGGGUUCCGACAGUGAACUGAAGGUGGAAAAAGAUGCGGUGUCAGACAGUGAGUCCAAGGUGGACUCAGGGGUCCCAGAGGUGCCAGUCUCUCCUGAUGACACCCCUGUGGUUCUAAACAAGGCCCUGUCUGGACUCUCCUCAAGAUGGAAGAACUGGUGGGUACGCGGCAUCCUCACACUAGCCAUGAUCUCCUUCUUCUUCUUCAUCAUCUACCUGGGCCCCAUGGUGCUUAUGAUGAUUGUCCUCUGUGUUCAGAUCAAGUGCUUCCAGGAAAUCAUCACCAUCGGCUACAGUGUGUACCACUCCUACCACCUGCCCUGGUUCAGGACGUUGAGCUGGUACUUCCUGCUGUGUGUGAACUACUUCUUCUAUGGUGAGACCGUGACAGAUUACUUCUUCACACUGGUGCAAAGGGAGGAGCCGCUUCGCAUCCUCAGCAAAUACCACCGUUUUAUCUCCUUUGCCCUCUACCUCACAGGUUUCUGCAUGUUUGUGCUGAGUUUGGUGAAGAAGCACUACCGCCUUCAGUUCUACAUGUUUGGUUGGACCCAUGUGACUCUGCUGAUUGUGGUGACUCAGUCUCACCUUAUCAUUCACAACCUGUUUGAGGGCAUGAUCUGGUUCAUUGUGCCAAUUUCCUGUGUGAUCUGUAAUGACAUUAUGGCUUACAUGUUUGGUUUCUUCUUCGGCCGCACCCCUCUCAUCAAGCUGUCACCUAAGAAGACAUGGGAGGGAUUCAUUGGUGGAUUCUUCUCCACCAUUGUGUUUGGCAUCAUGCUCUCCUAUGUGAUGGCAGGCUGGCGCUACUUUGUGUGUCCAGUGGAAUUCAACAACGACUCCAACAGUUUCCAAGUGGACUGUGAGCCAUCAGAGCUUUUCCAGCUCCAGGACUACGCCCUGCCCAGCAUCCUGGAGUCUGUCACUGGAUGGACCACAGUGCGUCUCUAUCCUUUCCAGAUCCACAGCAUUGCUCUCUCCUCUUUUGCCUCCAUCGUGGGACCUUUCGGUGGCUUCUUUGCCAGCGGCUUCAAGAGAGCCUUCAAGAUCAAGGAUUUUGCCAACACUAUCCCAGGUCAUGGUGGCAUUAUGGACAGAUUUGACUGCCAGUACCUCAUGGCCACAUUUGUUAAUGUCUACAUUGCUAGCUUCAUCAGGGGCCCCAACCCCAGCAAGGUGAUCCAGCAGCUCCUGGCCCUCCGUGCCGAUCAGCAGCUCUACAUCUUCAAUUCCCUGAAGGCUCACCUGACAGAGAAGGGCCUGCUGCCAGCGCUGGAGGAGGCCGCCGCUUAGAGCCACCCACACCCACCCCGGCUCGCCCUGAGAGGGAGACCAGAGAGGAGGGCAGCACCCGAGGGCCCCACACAGCCCCGGAGCUCUGGGAGACUUGCAGUGCUUUGUGUGAGCGAGAACACAUCCGAGUAAACAAAAAAACAAAAUGAACAACAAAAAACUACAGCCUUGGGUCAUUCCAUUUAAUUUGAGCGUGAGAGUGGAGCAUGUUUGUGUUCAUAGUGUGUGAAUCAUGUUUCUGACACCAGUGUUUUCAGGUUGAGUUAGUGAAUUACUGUACACAUUUCCAUUACAGCCAACUUGUAUCUAUUCACACUGUUGAGCAAAAUGUUGGUCAGCUGUAUAUUUCUACCUGUUUACAGGAUAACCUCUAUAUACCUAUUAAUGUGUGUUAAUAUUUUAUUGUACCUUUUUUUUGUUUUGUUUUAAUGCACUGCUCUCAACCUUGUUACUCACUGUAUUGUAAUCCAGCUGCACCCCCUCACCAAAUUUUAAGUUUUAAUUUUCUUUGUUGUGUUUUUAUUUAUACAUAGAUGGUUUUUAUAUUUGGUAUGUUCUAUUAUAUCUUAAUGUUGUGUCUGUUUGAUUCAGACUGAUCGCCUUUGCCAUCUGCCAUGUGCAUUUAUGUGUGUGUCUUUUUCCCGUGUCAUCAUUUCAAAGCCUCUCUUGCUCAGCCAAAUCACUGGCAUCAUAAUCUCAUGUUUGAUAAAGCAGUAAUGUCCUUAGAGGAACGGCCAAGUCACCGUGAAGUGUUUGACGGGAUCCAUCCAUGCAUCUUCCAAAUCCAGAAUCCAGUCUGUAAGUUGGUAAUUCCCAAACUGUCUGUUGGUUUUGUGCUGUAAGGAGCAGUUAGCAAUGCUCCAUACAAAAUUGUGUUUUAUUAUGAAUCAAAAGAUAUCUCUGAAGGCCAAUGUGACAGACACCAGCACCCCUUUCAGAAUAAUUGUCAAAAUCUCCACUCACCUGGCUAUUUCAUGGCAAAAGCGGAAAGUUCUGUGGUAAUACUUUAUCUCUAACAAUGAGCUGUUAUAGGUUUUACACAUGCUCAGUAAGGUGGUGGGAUUGUUGCUUUAUGGCUUCUAUUUGUGACAUUGUUGGGAUGGGACAGUACAAGUAAGGCACAAUCAUGGUUUUUACUCUGCCAACAUCUGCUUCCAUGUGUUGUAACGUUGCCAUGUUCACAGCUUCAGAGCAGAAACCCAGAAUAUGACUAUCACUGGUCUCCUUGACCUGUGUGUGUGUGUGUGUGUGUGUGUGUGUGUGUGUGUGAGAGACAGCAGUUGUGAGCUCAUGCAUCUGAUGGUCAGGUUGGAGUUUGCCAAUACAUUCAGCUACUUUAUACACAGCAAUCAGUGUUCAAGAGGUUUUCAGUAGGAUUCUGUGAUAUUUAUGCGACUGGCAAAUGUGUGAUUCAUUUGAUGGUAAAAUAUAAAAGCUGAAGAUUCUCCAGUGUUGAGUUCAUUUCUGUUUUUUAAGCAUUGUGAAUGAAUUCUGUCUGUAGUUGACGUGAUGAUGACGGAGCUUUGUUCAGUCUGAGAACAAAAGCCUGCGUUAUGAAAAAAGUAACGUGGUCGUGUUGCAUUAUGGGAAAUGUAGGAUAAAGUGUUAAACCCAUACUAGGGAUUAGAAAUCAGGAUAUCUCUGAUGCAUCAAUUUUAACGAUCUCUUGCAAGUCCCCCAACUUUAUGGAAGUCCAGUACUAAAUUGCUGGACUACUCCUUUAAAACUGACAACACAAUCUGUUUUGUUAAUUUUUAUUGGGGUUGAAAAAGGGUUUUUAUUUUACUUUUAAGUCUGAGCCACUGACUCCAUUUAAACUCAGGCUGACUGAGUUAUUUGUAACUUACAGUAUGCAACUGGUGGACAACAAAUGUACUUUAAUUUAAAGAGGAAGAUUUGUAAGACUUCUUGUUGCUGUAAAGUAAAUUUGAGAUUGUUAAAAGUGAUGUGGCCAAGUAAAUCUGCAAAUGGUCAUUAAUGACACAUUUCUGGGUUGCUUUGGAGAAGUGGUGGUGCUAUAGCUGUGCAUUGCAGGAAACAUAGCGGUGUAUUCAGUGUAUGUGGGUCCAACUCUGGUUAGACAGAGAUUAGGCUGUAAUCAGUCUACCAUACUCAUUAAUCACCUCAGGCUGUCCAUGUUUGAGCACAUUGAUCAUUUUGUUUCUAUCCAAUCAGAGAAAAGAAUUGAUUUAUCCUUGUCAGUGAAAGCCAAAUGAACUCUGGAAGUUGAGUGAGGUACUAUAGGUGUUACUGUAACCCAGACACAACUAUUUCUGUACUCCAUGUUUUUGGAAAAAACAGCAAUAUGAACAUUCAUACAGUAUUCAGUGUAGCAGGGAUGUGAAGGUCAGUAUCUAGGUGUCUCUAUAUGGUAACCCUAUAAAACAGCUUAUAAAGAUAAUUUUGGAAAUAGUUUGCUCUCUUCAGAUUCUGUCCUCAAAAAUUUUAAUAUAUUUUUAAGCAAAGGACUCAAAUGGUUUGUAACCCAAAAUUAGUUUUUGAUUCAUUAUGGCAAUCAAUUUAUAAGAGUUGACUUUUUCAAUAUUUUUUCAGAUGGAAGGAACCACUGUAUAAACUGGCUUAACAUGUUUUGCCCCAUGUUUGAAUGUCACCCCAUUCAUAUUUUUAUUGAUGUCGUUUCAUUCAUGUCUUUGGUUUGACUUAUGUGAUAUCCAACCAGUCUUACGCUUAACUUUAUCUUUCUUAAAGUAUUUAUUUUAUUUACUGUAAGAAAAUCAAACCUUUUCAAAGUUACUAUAUUGUACAUUUAAGAAGAUGUUUAGAAACGUGUUCACACAUGAGUGUUUAGUAUUUUUGGUUAGAGCAAUAUUUAGGGUAUUGCCAUAUAGGAGAGAGUAUUGAGAUAGCAGAAAAGUAUUUUCUCUCAGUCUUUUCUUGCUGUUGCUUUAGUGCAGUUGGGUGUUUUCUAUAGCUAUUGUGUGUCAAUUUCUGUGUCGCAGUGCAAGUUGAAGCAACGCAGAGACUCGUAGCACUGCCUUGCAUCAUCUCCCUUUGAGUAGACAGGAAGUUUCCAGAAAGUAUCGUGUGGACUGGUGUCUCAGCAUUUGUAGAUAUCUUAUGUUUCUCGGGCUUCACCACCUCUGUGGUGGUUUUAAUGUUGCAGUUUUUUGCCCUGCAGCUCUGUACUGCCAUGUCUCUGUCUGGUGUUACAGACGGCCACCAGAGAGAGCUGGAGCUCCUGUGGUCGGCUGAUCAAGUGUAGCACUGAUGCUGCAUCUGAGCAGAAAGGUUUGACCCUUUUGCUGCUUCUGUUUGAUACAUUCCAGUGCCCCCAAAGUUAAGAUUUGCUCACAGGGAGGUAGAAUAUAAGGGAUAAACCAUACCACUAUUUAAAAAGAAACCUGAUUGUUUUUUUUUUGUUGUUUGUUUCAUGACACCCAGGAAACACCUCUUUUAAUCGGCACAUUGCCACUUUGCUGUUGUGAAUCCUGCCAAGCCAGGAACCUCUAAAAGGAAUGUAUGGGAGUUGUGACUGUCCCCACAUACUGUAGGCUCCCCUUUGUGGACAUUUAAUUUUGUGGUUAUAGAUUCUCUUAUAAAUCUGAGUAUGAUUUCAGUAUAUUAUUCUUAAACUGUGCAAUGGUUUGUGUUGAGUUGUACAUUUGUCUAGAGAAAAGUUGUACUCUUUGAUGCUGAAAAUGUGCUUCGCCUUGGUUCAAAGAAAAAUUAAAGUUAUAAAAAAAGAAAAAAAAA